AUGGAACCGUUAAGGCAAAAUACGCGACGUCUUGGUACGGAACGAUAUCAUGAUGAAGAAUCUGAGAUAGACGAUAGACAAGCGCUGGACAGCUCUCGAAGCUCGUUGGACGACAGACUGGAUUCAACAGCUCAUUUAAUAGAUGGUAAUGAAGAUGGAUAUGGCGAUUAUGGAAAUGAUGCCGGUCAAGAAAGAUAUAAUCCGAGGUAUCCGGAUCUCGGGCCAAGAAGCUAUUGGAGAAUACUCAUGGAUGGACCCGAGGUACCCAAAGAACCCCAUGUUACCAUGAUAUUUCCUAAGUUACAAACAUAUCCCAAUACAAUAGCCAAAAUGUUUCCUACAUUUGUUAAGAGAACUAUUCUGGUUGUUUACCUGUUCAUGUGGUCGUUGAUAUUCAUGGUGUUAGCUAACGAAUCGAUCCUCUCCAGCCCCAUGAUAGGGGAUGAACAUGCUGACUUACUCAGAUGUAGUGCUGUGCCACAAGUUUGGUAUGGUAAAAAUGACUGGUGUGGUCUUAAUGGUGAAGACUGUUAUGGAUCUAAUACAGGGAAGGUGUUCCGGUUUAAAUGCCCUGCCGACUGUAUCAAAGAAAGUUGGACUUAUAGCGAGACACCCGUGGGAGGUUAUGAAAGUGUGUACAGACCUUAUGUCAUUGGUGGAAACAAUACAUACCGAGCAGAUUCAUAUGUUUGUGGAGCUGCUGUUCAUAGGGGAAUUGUUUCAAACCGGGCAGGUGGUUGCGGAAUGAUCCGGUUUACCGGCCCGAAAUUGAACGGGUUUAUAUCCGAGAAGAGUCAUGGCAUUGAAAGCAUUGGAACUGAGGCAGAAUUUCCCGCAAGUUACGAGUUUCUUGAUACCAGUGGUUUGUCUCUGUCAGGGUGCUAUGACCUGAGAGUAAUCAUAAUCAGCGUGAAUAUUAUUCUCUCGCUUAUAUUUGGAUAUUUUGUAAGUCAUCCAGGGUUGUUUUUGUAUGGCUUGACUAUAGCUGGAUUUUGGACGGUUAUUCUUGCAUCCAAUCCUCCGCUGGCCGGAGGAGAAGAACUUGCUGAUGCUGAGCUUAUAUCUUUAGGAUUUAGACGAUUACUACCAGCGCUCUUAAGCACAUACGUUAUAUAUGGAUUCUCAACCAAGCCUCAAUUAAAGGACUUGGAGGCCAACUUCAGCAGAAUGGUGUUCUGGGUUUCAGGAUUUUGGAUUGCCAUUUUGGAAAAUUAUGUUUUUGCAGCAUUGCCAUUAGACAGACUAACUCCACACGAUCUCAACGCUCAACCUGGAGCUUGGCUGGCGCUUAUAAUCCUGGUGUCAGUAGUUUUAUCGAUUGCUAUUGGCCAGGCUUAUGUCAUUUGGCGUUUGGGAAAGUUCAAGCCCUAUAUACAGUAUUAUCUUUUGGUGAUUGCACUACUUAUAGCAUUAUCCUUUGUUCCGAACCAGACUUUGCGAAUGCACCAUUAUAUUUGGACAUUGAUUUUACUUCCCGGAACUGGAUUCAAGACCACGCCCAGUCUGUUUUAUCAAGGGUUAUUGGUUGGCUUAUUUGUUAGUGGAGUCGCAAGGUGGGAUUUUGAUUCCAUCUUACAGACAUAUGAACAAUUACGGAGAGGAGCUCCUACUUUCAAAGGUGGGUUUGCCAAGUUCGGCGAACCUGCCAUCAUAGAGGGAGGUGGGGUGCUGAAAAACAUAACUCUCUUAUGGCAGAGUCUUUCAGAUGCCAGACAAUCUGAUGAAUCUAUAGAUACAGCCUGGGAUGGAUACAGUCUGAUUAUUAACGAUGUUGAACGGUAUAGGGGUAGGAACAAUAGCUUCAACAUCACCGACUGGGCCAUACAGUCCUUUGGCAAUCUAACAGAAUCUAUCGCAUUAACGUACUAUGUUAGAGUUGCAUUUGCCGAGAUAGUUGGUAGUCGUACCGGCGACUAUACACGAGCAGGAAAAAUUGUUCUAAACACAGGUGAGUGGAAGGUACCUCCUCCUGGAGCCAUAUAA